GACAAUUUUUCACACACACCUCUAAUGGUGAGUCGGAGGGACAGAGGUGGGGUUGCCGUGUAUGUUCGCUCCUCUUUGUCACCCAAACAUGUGUUAUCUUCUCCUCAACCCUACUCCAACUCUCCGGAGUUUAUCUUCAUAGAGAUCACAGCUUGUGAAGACAAAAUUCUCGUAGGGAUUGUAUACCGGCCACCCAAAGCAGGUCGACUGUCACUCCUUGAGCACUCUCUGUUGCAGAUAAUGCAUAGCUAUCAACAUAUUGUCUUACUUGGUGAUUUCAACUCUAAUCUAUUGAGAGAUAGCUUCGAAAGGAGGCAACUCGUGACACUCUUUGAUUCUAUCAACUUCCACAUUGUAAAUAAUGUUGACCCGACUUACCACUUACCCAAUUCACAUACUUUACUAGAUCUAGCGGUGGUGAGUGAUAAAGAUUAUGUUUCUUCUUUUGAACAUUUCAAUGAUGAUAGAUGUCUUGAGGAUGCUAUCAACAUGCCAUGGCACACUAUAGGUUUCAUUGAUGACAUCAAUGAUAAGGUUGCAGUAUUCAAUAAUAUGAUUCACAGCAUUUUUGAUAGGCAUGCCCCUGUGCGUACUGCGCAUCCUAAGCGGAAACCAGUGCCCUGGAUGAAUGAAGAGAUACUGAUUGCCAGACGUGAGCGUGAUAAAGCCAGAAGAGUAUUUAAAAGGACCAGCAGCCAGAUAGACUUUGAGGUCUUUAAAACUUGGAGAAAUCGUGUGAAAUCUAUGAGUCGCAAUGCAAAACUUCGCUUCUAUCACAGGCAGUUUAAUCAAAAUAAUUCAACAUCUACUCUGUGGGAUAAUGUCAGAAGACUAGGAACGCAUAAAUCCAGAUCUAAUACUAGAAUCAAUAUACCUCUUAAUGAACUGAACGAUUUCUUCACUCUCAGUUCAAAUCAGCCAGAUGCAUCCAACGCACCACUGGCUUCAGACCAUCUUAUCAUGCAGUUCAAUCAUAACUUGCCGACAGGAAAAUUUCCUGAUCUCUGGAAAUGCUCCAUGGUGAAACCCAUUCCUAAAUCGACUAAUCCAAUCGCUCCUGCAGACUGCAGGCCCAUCCAUAUUCUGUGUUCCAUAUCUAAGGCACUGGAGAGAAUUGUGCAUGCUCAGUCUGGCUUCCGCCCAAAUCAUAGCACAUGUACUGCUCUCUUGCGCAUAACAGAUGACAUACGUGCAGCUAUGGAUAAAAGAUUACUCACGUUACUUAUUCAGUUCGACUUGAGCAAGGCAUUUGAUAAUGUUUCUCAUGCCUUGCUAAUUCAUAAGCUGAAGUAUCAUUGCCACUUCUCCGAUUCUGCAGUAGCAUGGUUCUCCUCAUAUUUGUCCAACAGAUUUCAGGCAGUAUUUGGUAGCUGUGGUGAUUCCUCUAAUUGGAGACCAGUUUUGAGAGGUGUUCCUCAGGGCUCUGUGUUGGGACCCCUUCUCUUCUCUGUUUUCAUCAAUAAUGUUUCCUCUGUUUUCUCAAACUGUUCUUAUCACCUAUUUGCUGAUGAUCUUAUGAUCUACGCUCACUGUUCAAAAGAAAGAAUUUCAGAAGCAGUUCAGUCCAUGAACCAGAAUAUUGAGUCACUCCUGCAGUGGACUGAUGCCCAUCAGCUGAUCCUCAAUGCACAAAAGACGAAAAGCAUCAUUCUUGGCUUCCCAACUCUUCUGAGCAGAUUUGAUCAGGAAAGACUCCCGGCUAUCACUGUUGCAGGAAAUGUUGUUCCCUACCUGAAGAGUGUGCGAACUCUUGGACUGUAUCUAGACCAGAGUCUUAGCUGUAAGGAGCAGACCACUCAUGUAUGUAACAGAGUGUUUGCAGGCAUGCACCAGCUCAAACGUCUGAAACAUUUCCUGCCUCAAAGCACACGUAUCCUAUUGGUCAGAUAA